CAAAUUACGAAACGAAAAAGAAAAGCAUAGAGAUAGGAAAAGCUCGCAUCUAAUUAUAAAUUUUGCAUGAAAAUGUAUAAUGCAGGUAAAAUACCGCAGUGCGAUGCACGCUUAAACAUACGCGCGUUUUAGCGUGAGAAACAAUCGCCCGUUUAAUUAGAUUAUUUGCUUAUUAGCAAACGUUUUUAGGCAAAGUUACCGCAAUUAGUUUUAUACGAUUUUCUAGUUAAUUAAAGUGUUUUGAAACAAGUUAACAAGAUGAAAACGUGUUUGUAUGUGUAAGUUAAUGGAAUAAAUGCACUAUGGCUGUGCAGAAUAAGGUUUUGUAUGCCUUUCGGGGCUGGAUUGCAUUCGUUGCCUUUAUGGACUUGGGGACCGCUGGACGCUCGUAUAUUGAGAGAAGGUCUUUUCUGAACAAUAAUGACAGCGAACAUUUAGAUGGUGAUUUCACUAUAUCCAGAAUGCUGGGGAUGUACUCUCUGCUCAAAGCACUGGCGUUAAUACACUGCACCCUGUACAUACAUUACAGGCCUGUUGUAUCAAUGGGCUACUGGUCACUCAUGUUAACGAUAAUAUUAUAUUUCACGGAGGCUUUUUACUACCAUUCAACGAAUCUCAACUUUUACGUGGUCUUCCCGUGCAUAUUAAAUAUUUUAACCCUGCUCGGAUUAAUAUACCUUCCCUCUAAGCUGAAGCUCUGGGGCACCAUCCCCGGCACCUCGGGCAUGGAUCGCGACAUCGAGGACGAGAACACACAGAUACUGCGGCAGAUGGGCAACUUCCGCCGCAGGAAGCCUGGCAACUCCAUCAAAAACAAACACGUCUGACUGUUCUGCCAGUCGUAAAAACCUGUCUGACUAUAGUCUAUCUCCCUAUAGCCGUAUUCCUCAUUACUGAGGGUCGUGACUCCUUUCCAUUAAUCCUAUAA